CACCCUUUGUACAACAAGUUCAUGAAGGCUCUCGAUCUGGCCAUUGAGAUGCGCAACUCGCCACCGAAAGCCAUGAAGUGCCUGCUGGAGGAAUUCUGCCGCGUGAAUGGUUACCCAUCGCGUCGCCGUUCCCUAGUUGAUGACGCCCGCUUUGAGACUAUUGUGGUUAAGCAAACCAAGCCAACGGUUUUGGACGAGGCCCGCACUAAGGCCAACGAAGAUCCCAGCUUGGAAGAUACCGUCGCCCAGGCCGAAGAACAGCAGCCACAAGCUGACGAUCUUCCAUACAAAUCGGAAGAGACCGAGUCCAACGACAAUCAGGAUGAAAUUAACGACGCUGGCGUAACGGAGGAGGAAGUCGUUCUGCAGAACGCCGCUUCCGAAUCACCCGAGGCCGAGAAGGAGUUGGUCCGUGCCGCCGUGGUGGUUCACCUACGUGGUGGCAUGGGCUCUCUGGGACGUAUCCUGAAGGCCGUUGAGAUCUACCACGGAACUGUCGGAGUCAUGUUCGACGUCCUCAUCAAGGUCGACAUGGCCCGGUCCAAUCUGCUGCAGUUGAUCCGUUCGCUGCGUCAAACCGCCUCGUUCGGCAGCGUUAGCCUGCUGGCCGAGAACAACGUCAACGUCAAGGCCCCGUGGUUCCCGAGCCAUGCCUCCGAGCUGGACAACUGCAACCACCUGAUGACCAAGUACGAACCAGAUCUCGACAUGAACCACCCCGGUUUCGCUGAUCAGGUAUACCGUGCCCGUAGGAAGGAGAUUGCCGAAAUCGCUUUCGGAUACAAGUACGGAGACCCAAUCCCACACAUCAACUACACCGAAACCGAGAACAAGACCUGGUCGGCCGUGUUCAUCCGCGUCAAGGAACUCAUGACCAAGCACGCCUGCUCCGAGUACGUGACCGUGUUCAAAAAGCUCGAGGAAGAGAAGAUCUUCGUCGUGGAACGCAUUCCACAACUGCAGGAGAUGAGCGACUUCCUCCGCAUGAACACCGGCUUCACACUGCGUCCGGCUGCUGGUCUGCUGGCCGCCUGGGACUUCCUCGCUUCGUUGGCGUUCCGCAUCUUCCAGAGCACCCAGUACGUCCGACACAUCAACUCGCCAUACCACACACCAGAACCCGACUGCAUCCACGAACUGCUGGGCCAUAUGCCACUGCUGGUCGAUCCGAGCUUCGCUCAGUUCUCCCGGGAGAUUGGUCUUGCCUCGCUGGAUGCGUCGGAUGAGGAAAUCGAGAAGCUAUCUACGGUCUACUGGUUCACCGUAGAGUUCGGUCUGUGCAAGGAGAACAACGAAAUCAAGGCCUACGGUGCCAGUCUGCUGUCGGCUUACGGAGAACUGCUGCAUGCCAUCAGUGAGAAGCCAGUGCACCGCGCAUUCGAUCCGACAAGCACCGCUGUCCAGUCCUACCAGGACCAAGAAUACCAGACAAUCUACUACGUCGCCGAGAGCUUCGAGGAUGCCAUGGAGAAGUUCCGCCGCUGGGUCUCGACCAUGUCCCGGCCGUUCGAGGUCCGCUUAAGCCCACACACCGAGCGCGUUGAAGUGCUCGACUCCGUCGACAAGCUCGAAACCCUCGUGUCACAGCUCAACACCGAAAUCCGGCAUCUGACGAAUGCGAUCGCCAAGCUGCGACAACCGUUCUGCUAAAGACAGCUGCACUAAAAAACUAUGCUGUGAAUCCCCAGUCGUUCAU